CAGUACGAGAAGACGCGAGGAUUGCUAGUUUUUCUACCAACAUGGCGGCUUCAGGAAGCUCUGAGAAGAAAGUGAACGGUUCUGACUCUCCAAAAUCACAAAAGCCUCCGCUAAAUCGAGAAGGUUCCUCCGAGAAAGGCAAAUGGGUGAAACUAAAUGUCGGUGGAACGUACUUUUUGACGACCACGACGACGUUGUGUCGCGAGCCUGACUCGUUUUUGUUCCGUUUGUGUCAAGAAGACCCCGACUUGCAUUCUGACAAGGAUGAGCAGGGUGCGUACUUGAUAGACCGAGAUCCCACCUACUUUGGUCCUGUUCUGAACUACCUGAGACACGGCAAGCUCGUCAUCAACAAAGAUCUCGCAGAGGAAGGAGUCCUUGAGGAGGCAGAGUUCUACAACAUUCGCUCCCUCAUCAAAGCGUGCAAAGACAGAAUCCGAGAGAGGGACGUCAGAAGGAGUCAGGCGCCUGUGAAGUAUGUCUACCGGGUCCUGCAGUGCCAUGAGGAUGAACUCACACAGAUGGUCUCCACUAUGUCUGAUGGGUGGAAGUUCGAACAGUUGAUCAACAUUGGAUCAUCGUACAACUAUGGCAACGAAGACCAGGCAGAGUUUUUGUGCGUGGUGUCACGUGAAUACGACAACACAUUGAACGGGGUGGUAGAGACACAGACAGACACGGAGAAAGUCAAGGAGUUGCGAGAGAGGGGUUCCAGAAUGUAGAAAUGGAGUGAAAAGUUUCUGAUCUGCCAAACACAUUCAACAAAGCCUCAAGAGGAGUACCUCUCAGUUCGACCCCACCCCUUGCUUCACAUGUACACAGUUCUUGAAAUCAAGGGGAAACUAUUUGCAGCGGAACGUGGUUUGGAUGUGACGUUGGUUUAGAUAUUAUGAUGUGCGUGCGUAUGACUGUAUUGUUUCUGUACUAUCUAAUCGUCGAAAUGCUCGUCAUGAUUUGUGCGUUUUUAUGAGUUGUAUAAAAACACUGCACUUAAAGUGGGACACUAGUAAUCUUUCAAGUUCUGCUGGAGCUUUUAUUCUUUAGUUGUUAUUGACAAGUUCUUUACUUUCUUUAGAACCCAAGAAAAUCUGUGUAGUGCACUCUAAAGUACAAGCACUGUGAAGACAAUAUGCCACAUGUACAUGUUUGAGUUAUAACAACUUUAUUUCAGGUACUAGCUAUCCUUAGUGUGUAUGCGGAAUUGUUAUCAGUAGAAAGGACCUUUUCAAUCUUAAAAUGACAGGCAGAGAGCUACAGUCCGUACUUCUGUACAGUGAACUCAUAUACAGUGUAUAACAAUGUUACUCAUAUGAAACAAUGUUGCAUUAAUUGAUAAUUUGCCUUGCAGAGAGCCGACUGCAAACUUAAGUCAGUCUCCUAAGGAACCUUUAUUCGGUACCAAAUGUGAUGAAUAUUGUCUCUGAAGGGUUAGAUAUUUGGUGUGCCAUCCAUGGCCUUCAAGCCAUCGUGUUUUGACGUUUCCUGUAAAAAUGUUCAACAUAACUAGAGGUUCCUAAUGUGGACACCUUAAAAGAGAAGUUCUCUUUUAGCCAGAUUAGUUGGUAUGGUGUGUUAGUAUGACGUGCUCUUUCUUAUCGUAGUCAUGUUAUUGUCUCCUUGCGUAGUGAGAUUUUUGUAAAUGUAACCAUGGACUCUCCUAAGAAGAGUCCGUCUGUGACCAGAAAUUGGGCAACGUGUGGACAAAUUUCUUCUGGUAAUGUUGAAACUUGAUGGCAUCAAAUUAGGUCCAAAUUAGAGGACAAUCUAUGUAUUGUGUAUGAGAGGACAUGCGAAUGUGAGUACUGAGAAAUUUAUAAGUGGGUCUUUAUGUGCACAUGUGCAUCAACAAUUGCAGUGGUACGUGUGUAUCUACAUGUGUGGGUGUGUCUGUGUGUAUGUGUGAAUGAAAGUCAACCAUUCAUAUACACUACAAUGAUUUCUUCUGAAAAUCAAUUCCUGUUCCACGUAUGCUCUACUACUUGUUUGUUGUUUUUGGUCAUAAUUUGUGAAUGUUGCAACAGCCAUACCUAAGACUUUAUGUGUAUAGCAGCCUUGAUAGCCAAAAACUGCGCUAACAAUUUUUUUCUGUCUGUAAGCUUCUACACAAAUGUGUGGUUGAGAUAAGCCACAUCGACACAUAGAACUGCAGUUAGUUUUUGUUACCCAAGCAGCUACCCUGGUACACAGGUGUACAAUCUGUCCCUUUGAAGUGUUAUCCAAUCGCAAUCCAACACUGCUAAUCUAAUUAUCUGAAGAGUUUCUGAUUGGCUAAAGCCCUGAGAAGGACAGAUUCACCAGGGUGGGUGCAUAGGUAAUACAAGCAAGGUAGGCAGGGUUGACUUUGUGUGAUGCAGAUGUUUUUGUCAGUCUUAAACAAUUGAGUAUCUGAAGGAGCUUGGUUUCUAAAUUAUUCACUGUGUUUAAAAUCUGACUCCAUUGACAACACUAAACCAGGUGGAUUGUUGGAAAGAUAUUUUUGAGUAGGUUAGAAAACAUUUUGCAAAGGGAAGCUGUAGUACUGGCUAUGUGGCUUUUCCUCUGUUUAACAGAUAUUGAUGUUAUUCACUUUGUAUGCUAUAAUUGCUAUAAGCUUGUUUGUAUUAUGUUGUUAUGACUUUUAACCGUUAAUUUCAAUGUGAGAUUCGAAUUGUGGGACAAGCUUAAGAUGUUUUCACACGUUUGGCAUACUUGUACGCUUGUGCAGUUUUACACAACUUGGAUGUGAAUGGAUUAAGAUAUAUCUCUUAGAAUAGGAACAAAUGACAAAUGUAUUUUGACGUGUUACUUGAUAUCCAUUUUGUAAUUCAUGUGCAAUUCACAUUCAUUACUGUAGAGUCACAGGAUACAUAGAAACACUGUUAUUGAUGAGAAAUGCACCAAUGUUUAUGUUCUUUCCUUUUGGACAAUUUCUAAUUUCUAGAUGUUGGGAUUUUGUGCAGCAGACUUAACUUGAUUUUUUAAAGUGCUAUAUGGGAGUGGAUGGGCUAAAGAAGAUAUUCUCUCCAAAUUCUACAUCAGCUCUUACAAUCCCUUUGAAUACCCUAAGACAGCCACAUUAGAAAAAAAACUUGAAGAGAUCUACAAGUGCAUGACAUCACUGAGGUAUACGCACUUAAGAUAUCCAGGUGUUCAAGAUGUUGAGAAGGCCUCAAUUGCACAUGUGUUUUAAUGUGACUGCCUUAGUGUACCUAUAGGUAUUGUAUGAGUUGACCUGAGAACUUCAGUAUCAAAAUGACGAGUAUGGUACAAACAAUGGACACUAUUAUACUGUGAAGUCUUUGUACUAAAUGCU